AAGAAAAUGGAUGGUUUAUCUGACCAUUGUUAAGAUAUGUGAUGUUAUUUAUUCUGUACAUUUAUGUUGCAUAGAGUCAUGAUUGGUAAAUUGACUAUUUUUCACAAUGUGGUAUUUUUAAUAUGUGAAACAUACGUCUAUAAGGUUCGCGGAUGAGUUUUUCGAAUAAUAUGACAUUGUAUAUAAAGUAUAUUAUUGGAGUUGAUAGCUGUCAAAAAGACAGCACUUUGUUGAACAUGGGCAAUUCGUAAGAAGCAAAGUAUUUUGACGAAAAGGAAGUAUGUGUUUUAAAUAAACAAUCUCAUGGAAGAUGUAAAGAAUAUUUUAGGAGCAGCUGGGGCUGCUUGUGAAAUUAAACGGGAGAAAAUGGACAAAAUACAACAGUUGGUCGAUAAUACAUUAAGUGAACAGUCGCGGCAAAAUAUCCUUAAUAUUUUGGAACAGAUAUCACAUUUAUCUGGUCCAGAGCGAUUACUAUUGUACCUGAAACUUCCCGGUGGUCAGCCAUCGACACAGGAUCCUUUAAGACAUCCCCCGAAUCCUCUUGGGACAAGGCAUGAAAUAAGCACUACUGCUGCAUGGGUUCGAACACAUUUAGAACAUGAUCCUGAGGUCUCUGUGCCAAAACAAGAUGUUUAUGAUGAAUAUCUAGCUUAUUGUACAACAGCUAAUUUAAAACCACUUUCUACGGCUGAUUUUGGCAAAGUCAUGAAACAAGUAUUUCCAAAUCUGAGACCUAGGCGACUUGGAACACGUGGCCAUUCUAGAUAUUGUUAUGCAGCCAUGAGAAAAGCUCGAAGUUUAGCUCCUCCAAUGCUUCCUGACUUAAGUGCUGAGCCUGAUGACUCAACUUCAAAUCAAAAUGAUGUGUGGUCGAUUAUUCAACCAUGGGCUGAAAAGACUUUGCAUCAGAGUUUUUCAAAUAUAGAGGGCUUUGCAGAUUUUAUCAAUAAAUUGGUUGCACAGCGCAAAGAUGCACCAUCUGAUUCCACUCAAUCUAAACUAAAUAAUCGGGACCACAGAGAAGGAAAAAAACGCAUGCUACCUCCAUUGAAGUCACCUAGAGCUAAGAAAAACAAAAUGCAGAAUUCUAAUUCUCAGACUUUUGUGAAUAGAAAUAACAAUGUGUCCACUUGUAUUGCUCCUGAUAUGAUAAAAGAUCUCAAUCAGCAAAUGGUAAAGUCUGAACUUGCAAAUGAAAAUGUAGAGUUAAUAAAGGAUUCUAAUCUUGCACCCCUUGAGCAUGAUAAAUCAUAUAACACUUGUUAUAGUACAAAAAUAAAUCCAAUGGGAUUUAAUGAACUGGACCCAGUGGCAGGAGUCAGCGGACUACCUGUAGAAUGCAGUGAUAUAGCAUUAAAUUUAGCUGAUAAGCCUUUAAAAGAUCGAAUUAAUAUAAUGAAAACAUGUACAAAUCUAGUUGACGAUAAAUCUAACUAUAUUAUGCCAAUGAACUUGUCUAAUAAUAACCUGACUGGUACAAAUAUUAACUGUGAUACCAUCAAUAUCAAAGAUGAAACUCAAGAUAAUCUUCUUGAAUUAAAUGGUUUAAAUAAAAGGAAGAAUAUUAAAAAAUGUAAUAACACUAAAAAGAGACGGAAUACUUUAUCUAGAAGGUUUAGCAGUGGAGAUCUCAUUGGACAAAAUAAUUUUGCAUCUGGUGGCACAAUGAAUAAUAUGUCACUGAAAGAUUCUUUAGGAAAUUUAGGUACAAGUGAAAGCACUCCUAAUCUGUUAUUUAAUUCUCAAUCAAAUAUUAUGCCUCAAAAAUAUAAUGACAUGCCAACUAAAACUUCUACUUGUGUAAUCAAUACAUUUGAUUUUCAUACCACUGACAUACAAAAUAAUAGAUUGGGAUUAAAUGAAGCUGAUUCUGUUUAUUCUAAUAUCAUUGCUCCGGAUUGUGUUGAUAACAAUGAUGUUAAAAUUAAAAUAGAACAGGAUGAAGCAACAAGUCAAAAUACAUUGGAUAUCUUACCAACUGAAAUUCCUAGAGAACGUGUUAUUAGUAUAUGUAGUUUGGAUAAAGAUGCCCUAGAUGGUUACUUACAUGGUGGUGAUAAUAGUCAAGAACAAGAAGAGGAGUUAUUGCAAUAUUUUCAACAAGAUUCAUCUUCUGCAUCUAAAUUAGAGCAGCCACCUAAUAAUAAAAGUGAUGAUAAGUUAAACUUAGAUGCUUUAAAUGACCGGUUAAGCCAAGAUUCUGUUAAAUCAAAUGUUGGUGUACAACUAAACAAUACUUCAGGUAAAACAUUAUCUGCUCAAGACCGACUUUCUCAAUUACGUUUCCUUCUUGAAAAAAAUAUGCAAGGAUCAAAACCUGAAAAUAACGAUAAACCUCCUACAUAUAUUAAGAAAUACUCAAGCAGUACAGGAUAA